UGUGAUUCUAGUUUAAGAAAUUCGGGAGGCCACGAAAGCUAAGAAGAAAAAAGGAAAUGAAAUGUGAGUCAAAAGAUGAUGACCAUAAACAAGGAGACGGACUUCAACUGGAUUGUGAGAGUAAAAGAUCUGAAAUGAAUACAGAAAUUAUUCUUGCCUGCUAUCAACAUCUGGCAGAUUUACUGAGGAAACUGGAAUGUCUUCUCAAGAGCAAUGUAAAAUUAGAUAAGGAAAAACGGCAGAUUUUUACAUUUGUCUUGGGAACACUAAAGGAACUCAAGGAUGGUAAACUUUCAAGUGAUAAAAGCAGAGAUCAAGUGGAAGAACUUCUAAAUGAGCGGAAGGACUUGCAAGAAAACUACCAUAUGAGACUUAAUCAGAUUACAGCCGUUAUAAUUGAAUUGAAACAUCUGAGACAAGCAUAUAAUGGGAUUUUAAAGAAUUCUCUGAAUCCUGAUGACAGAGAUGCAAUGGUUUGGAUAAGCAGAGUACAAGCAAUUAAGGAUUCAUUGAAACUCCUUAAACUUCAUGAGCAAGCAACUGAAACCAUGCAGGAGGACAUUUUC